AUGAACUGUCAUCAAGUACUUAGUGGUGCCUGCAAUUCAGGAGAUCAAUGUUUUGCUGUUGGAUCCGUCGAAGGAAUACCUUUUACAGCAUAUGCAGCAGGAUGUAAUAUAGUGAUAUUAGCAUCAAAUUUUGAGCGAGUACAAAUAAUACCGGGUGCUAUACAUGGAUAUGUCCGCAUCAGUUCCUUGGACUGUAGUACAGAUACUGGAAAAAUUGCAGCAGCUUAUGGAGCUGAAGUAUGCAUUUUCGAACCAACACCACUCAUACAUACAUCAGCAACCACCCAUGGUCUGGAGUACAGAUGGGUUCAGACUGGCAAGUUGGUGGCAGACGGUCCUAUCACAGCAUUAUCGUGGAACUUGGAGGGAACGCGCCUCCUCACUGGAGGGAAGAUCUUACAGCUAUGGCACCAGGCAUCUUUGUACCAGGAUGACAGUCAACCAAGUUCCGGAGUGACAUUCCAGAUAGGUGGAGACAAAGACGAGAAACCAAAACAACAGGAGGAGGACGAACCGGGUUGGUUGUGUGUAUGGCAAUGUCACACGGCGACGCCCGCACACCACCUAGCGUUCUCACCGGACGGUGUCCUGUUUGCUACCUCUGGGGUCAACGACCGUCUCGUCAAAAUAUGGUACCAAAAUAAAGUUUUGGUCCAAGCGCAAGGCGAACAUUCUUCUCCGGAACUAAACUAUACCUUCAUAUACGUGGCUCAUCCUCGCGCGGUCACACAUUUGUCCUGGAGGAAGACUAGCAAAUAUAUGCCUAAGGGUAGCGUGGGUAAUGUGCUAGUGACGUCAUGCGUGGAUAAUAUCUGCCGUGUAUGGGCCGAGACUCUGCUGCCCGAAGAUGAAUGGGGCUGCGCCACACACGCACGAUCACCGCCUAGAAGACAGAGGGCCACGCACAGACACAAACAUCGGUUCAUGCAACGGCUGAAACAUAUGAAGACAUGUUUCCACAUCCGGCGCACGGCCCAGUCUUCCAAGCAGCCGGGCGCGCCCAUCCCCACCCUGCCUUCAACCUACAGCGCGCACGACUUCCACAACCCCUACCACUCCACUUCUUACACAGGAGGCUUACACUUCCAUCUGGCAGCAUCUAUCAACGCGGAGACGGACAUUCCUUUGGUUCCGUCAUUAGCUGGCGGGGGGCGGUUCAUCUUACACUGGUUGCACAACAAAGAAAUGCAUUUCACCAGCCAGGCAGAAGCUAUAUUGCACGAUCUCACUAAGAAGAUUUUAGAUAAGGAAGAAACUGACGAAGGCGGCUCAGGUUCUGAUCACACCACACAUCCGGACGGAGAAAAUGAAAAUAGACAUAGGCGGCCAAGUCAUCAUUUAACUAAAGUUCUAUCUGAGGAUAACAGCAACAGCGAUGAACAACCAGGCAGCGCCAACCACAGUCACCCGAGUCUAUCAAACACCACGUCCAUAAACUCGAUAGCUACGGACGUGACGUGUACACACCUCCCGGACUCGUUGGACGCGAAGAUAGAGGCGCUGCUGAGGGACUGGCACCAGAGUCCCGACCUAUUGUUCUCUAUACACCCUGUAGAUGGCAGUUUCUUGAUAUGGAUCUGCGAGUGGUUGGACGAGCUCCAAGCGGGUGCAAUCCGCCAGGCUCAAGUGUCAUACAGCGCCCGCAUUCCGUGCGCUUUCCCAUUAGGAGAUGCCACCACUAUGUGUACGCCGGCCGCGCUGUACCACGCCGCCGCUCAGCCAUUAUACGUCAGACACCGAACUAAACCAGUCACGCCCGGACAACCACAACAAGGAGAAACCGUUACGACUCCGUUAGCGAGCGUUCAGGAGGAGAAAGAAGAAAAUGAUUGGCCGCAGAACGAUAACCAAAAUGCGACAGAGGAAAACGGAGCACGAGAAGAAAAUAAUAAUGAUAUGAAAAGAAAAUCGAGCAUAGCGAACGAGGAAAUGGAAAAUCAAGAUGGUGAUAUACUGGAAUCAGCGCCCGUUAUAUCGAUGGUGACCAACCAUACGAACGGAACACUUAACUUGUGGCAACUUACAUUCGAUGAUAAAUCCAAAUUUUCUCAAGUGCUUUCAAUAGGCCACGCUUCAAGAGCAUCCGGACACAGGUUUAGAGUCAACGACAUCACUUGCCAUCCAGUAUUACCUCUGCUGCUUACUACGAGCCAUCACAAUAUAUCGGAUAGUACCCGCGAGUCUCCUUCCCCCGCGGCUGGCGGGCUAUGCUCCGAGUUAGUGAUGUGGCGCGUGGAGUGUGUGGGUCCUCUCGGCAAGUCGGGUGGUGUGUCAGAAUUGGCGCGCGUGAACUCGCCUCAUUUGUCAGCCUUUAGUAACGUCGCCUGGUUACCUACGUUAUUACCAAGUACAACACUCGGUAAUCUUUCAAACUCUCCGUCAGCGUGCUUCGUGGCGAGUGACGGUGAGAGUCUUAGACUUUUCCAAGCCGUGAUCGACGCGCGCACUCUGUUAGCGGAGAUCGCUACUUCCGAACGACGCCAUAAAGAUGUUAUGCAUCACGACACGAUGUCUAUGUCAUCCGAGUCGUCAGUAUCAGAAGGGGGCGUUCCUCUCCACGACCGUAUAAAGAUAGUGUCGCAGCAGUCCACGGCGCGGCCCGGGGCCAUCAUACAGUUGCACGCUAUAGCGGACGCUACACACGACUGGCACAAUACACAGUUACUACACGUGUUCCAGGAACAACUUAUUACUGGCGAACGGACUUCCAGCGAUUCUGAGAGCACAGACUCAGGAGUGGAAGGUUCAGAUAUGAACCCCGCGGAGAGUGGCCUCGAGGCGAUAGUUGACCUGAGGAAGUCUGCUGUGUUCAACGAACCCUUCUAUAUAGUGGUGCUGGAGAGGACGGACGGCGGCUCCACCGUGCAUAUGUGGAGGUUGACGGUCUGCUCCCAGGCUGAUCCAUCGGAUGAUCUUACCAACAGUAUGAUGUACGUACCGGACAGCGCGCUCAUACAAGAAGACGAGGGCGACUCCAGGAAGAACUCCGUGUGUGUGGACGAGAGGCCCGCGCCGGUCAAUGCACAUUCGCAUCUCUCUAUAACUACUAAGAAGGUGUGCGAGUGUCCAUUAUCAUUACCGGACGGAGUGGACGUCAUUCACGCGACCCCCGCGGCCGGACACCUCAGCUCCGCCUCUAUAUACCCAGCGUGUCUGGCGCCUUAUAUACUGGCCACCGCGUGCUCUGAUAGUACAUUAAGAUUUUGGAAAUGUGACGUCACUAAAAAAGAUAACGAUGAAUUUGAUUACGCUUGGAAAGAAUGGGAAAUGAUGAAUAAAGAUCAAGAAUCUGCUAUAGACAUUCCAGGUCAACCGCUACACAUAAGCGCAGCGUACAGCGGUCGCAUCGCUUGCGCUUACAAGUGCGGUAGAUCGUUCACGCGGCCAAAGAACACAAGUUCGAGUCCCGACGCCCGGUUCGUGAACUUGUGCGUUUGUGUGUACGAGUGUGAGAGUACCGGAGGCGCGGAGUGGUUGUUAGAAGACACUAUACCGCUGAGGAACGUGAGCCUGCCGCGGGUCGGUGUGUGCGCAGACACGCAGAUAGACCUGUCAUACCUACAUGACACGUCCUUCAUGCAGAAGAAACAACGGCUGACUCAGGUUCUUCAAACUUUAUCGUCGGACGAGAGCCGCAACAAUCGUAACGGCGAGGCGGACGCUGGGAAGGCGGCCGGCCUUUUAGCGGUGCCGUCCUUCAGUACUCUACAGUCGCUACGCAAGAGCAUUAUGGAAAAUGGGAAUACGUGUCCAUUAACACAGAAACAUCUUGUGCAAUUGGACUGGGUGUCUAAGGAAGAUGGAUCUCAUAUACUGACUGUAGCUGUCGGGUCUAGAGUUCUGUUAUUUACACCGGUUUCGAGUGAUCUGGCCCAAGCUAAUAUCAAGGCUAUGAAGGAAUCGAUAAAUAACAAUCGACCGAUUCUACGUAAAGCGUCUUCACUCGCGGCCCCGUUAUUCGUAGAGGAGAUACGAUGGAUGCAGUUGCGUAGAAUACAACUGAAAACUGCGGACGGCUUGCCGCCGCUACCGAUGCAGAUAUCGUGGGUUCGAGACGGUAUUUUGGUGGUGGGGAUGGACUCUGAGAUGCACGUGUACUCACAAUGGAAACCGGAAACGCCACAGAUGAAUUCUGGACAGGCCGCCAUGCAGGAGCAAGAAGAGUGCAGUGAAUCCCGUGCUCUUCGUGACUCAGACCUGCGUGUGUCAGCGCCGCACCUGCAGCGUGUUUCUUCAAUAAAUCUCCAGCUAUUGGAGCGAGACGCUCGAAGACGAACCAAAGCGAUGCCCGACCAGCCACAGCCUCUUCUGGACUACAUGCCGGACUACGGUCUAUUCGAAGCGUCACAGAUAGCUUGUCCCGUCCUACCUCAGUAUCAUCCAAAGCAGUUAAUGGAAUUACUGAAUAGCGGUAAAAUAAGAUGGGUGAAAGCCAUUCUUGCACAUUUGGUCAGAUGUAUUGGUGGAUCAUACACUAGUCGCAGUUCGCAAGGAGACGAGGACAGCAUAUCAAGACAGCGUGGGUGGUCACGGUCGCGCACUCUGUCCGUGUCGUUCGCCGCGGGCGCAGCCUCGCCUCUUGACGGCGUCACGCAGAUAACCGAAGACGUACAAUUAGAUUACGCAGAGCUAACGUCAGUACCGCCCUUGCCGUUGUGGACUUUACUUGUUGCUGACAAGGAAUCAGCUCAUCAUCCCUCAACUAUACAAGAAGCUAAGGAUUAUAAUGAACUCUUUGAAGGAUCUAUGGAAGUCGAGGAUGACUUGGAUGCUCUUUUGUUAGAGGAAGAAGAUGGGAUCGAUCGACGACCCUCGAUGCCUGAGAGGCAAUUACUUUCUCACUUCGGACCGAGACAAGGUCGUAUCCUAUCUCGCUUGCUGACUCACACACAUCUUCCUGGGUUGAGUUCUUUGGAUCAGAUGCACCUCCUGGCGUUGGCUGAUACCGUUUCAACUUGUGACGCUGACUUUGCCGAGAGACUCACUAAUUGUGCCAGAGUAGAUGUGACCCAGGGACAAGGACAGGAAAUUCUACCCGACUCUCUGGAUGACUGCGGGCUGAGGUUCCUCCUAGCAAUGAAACACUACGGAUACUUGGCGCGCUGUCUUCCAUUAGCCCAACGAGCUAGCCUUCAGCGGGCUGGUGUUGGGACCUGCAAUCUAGUGUGGGCCUUCCACUCUGAGACACACGACCAGCUGUUGGCUCUCAUACCUGGUUAUACUAAGGGACAAGCUAAAUGGUCCACUAUGAGAGAAUUGGGCGUGGGAUGGUGGGUGCGCGGUGAGUUACUACGGACAUGCGUUGAACGUUUAGCUCGUGCCUCAUAUCUCGCCAAACAGGAUCCAAUGGACGCGGCGCUGUUUUACCUAGCGAUGCGUAAAAAGACACUUCUAUGGGGUCUGUUUCGAUCGAACAGAGACGACAAGAUGACCGCUUUCUUCGCCAACGAUUUUUCGGAAGAUAGAUGGCGUAAGGCCGCCUUAAAGAACGCGUUUGUGUUACUUGGGAAACAGCGGUUUGAACACGCCGCAGCUUUCUUCCUUUUGGGUGGAGCUUUGAAGGAUGCUUUGGAAGUUCUCAUGACACGUUUAUGUGAUUUACAACUGGCAAUGGUUGUUGCUCGACUUUAUGAAUCAGACAGUGCUCUACCGCCCAGCUUAAAGAAAUUACUAAUGGAUGAAAUACUGGGAGGCGAAACGGAAGAUCAAGAAAUAGAUCUAGAACACGCUCACCCAGAUCCAUUUAUACGAUCCAUGGCGCUAUGGGAACUUAAACGCUAUGGUGAAGCCUUAGAUACAUUAUUGAGUCCGGCAGGCAGGCUUCAUGCUGCCAAUAACAAAGACAAUGAACCGAUGCCUAGUGUGUUCAACUUCUACGUGUAUCUAAGAACGCAUCCUAGAUUAAAGAGACAUAAUAUGCCUAGCCAGGGUGGUACAUUAGCUCUUCUUCAGCAAGAGCCGGAGGAGGGUAUAACUCGUUUGGAGCGUCGUCUAUACUUCCAGACCGCGCAUGGUCAUUUCAAGGCUGGCUGCCCUGCCCUGGCCUUGGAAGUACUAUCAAAGCUGCCAGGCCGCGUCCGUGAUGAACGUCCUCGUACUGGACCCACGUCCGCCCCGUCAAUAGACCACGCGGUCAUCCACACGGGGCAGCUUGAGGAAACAUCCAAAAAAGCUGAAGAAUCGGCCAUGGAUUGGGGCACAUCAUCCUCAAUAGACUGGGGGGCUCCAGUGAGUACAGAGAAAAAGGAUGAACUGGUUCUAUCAUGGGAUGAUGAUGAAGACAAUAAGUCAGAGGGUUCAGGAGCAUCAACGCCGCCUCUCGAAAUCAAAAUUAACAAAGAGGAAGAACCACUUGUCAAUGGCGUUGUGGACGCAGAGAAACCUGAAGAACCACCUACAGUGGAUAUAAUGGCACAGCAAUUAAAGUUCGUCGCCUGUCUCAAAAUAUUGAUGGAAGAAUUGAGCACCCUUGCCACCGGCUUUGAAGUGGACGGCGGGCAUCUCCGUUACCAACUGUACAUUUGGUUGGAGCGUGAAGUGGAGGCUCUUCGUCGUCUUUGUGGAUACGUGUCAGCAUCGGGGGCUGCCUCUGGCGGUGAACUGAUCUGUGCUGAUGGGGAAUCCCCACCAUUACCUGAAAAACCAACGUUACAUCAGCUGCUUGUACGAGAGAAGGCUGACUUUGAGGCUAAAGUGCAACGGGCUGUGCGUAGGAAAAAAUGGCUGAAAGCCAACGAAACUCUUCUUCGUACGCUUCUGUCAUACUGUUCACUGCAUGGUGCUGGCGGAGGUGGCCUGGCUUCAGUACGUAUGGAAUUAGUGUUGCUGCUGCAAGAACUGGGCCAGGAUAAACAGCAUCAGCAACUGCUGUCGCCUCUGCCGUUCCCGACCACACUGCCGCUGUUAGCAGCAGCCGUUGCUACCAAUAAUACAGUCGUUGCCGAUCCCGUACGACAUUUACAAUCUGUAGCUCACGAUAUGUUGGGCACUUUGUCUGAGCUCGGUGUGCCUGGCGGCGGAGCAUCCAGGGUCCUACAUACAUUACGAGAGUUAGCUGUGGCGCUAUCUGCGUGUAUAUACCAGAGUUUGUGCGAUUCUGACACCUUCACCAUCAAACAUUCACAUCAUCACGACGGUAUGAUAGCGGAAACUCCCGGGACGACUAACCUACUUGUAAGACCACGACGGUACUCAGUGGAAGAACUGUCUGUAACUACUCCGCCUAAUAAAUGGCCAGGUGUAUCAGCUCUUAGAGGCUUAGCUUUACGAGCUGCGGAAGAGGAAGAAGCACCAAGAUUACCAGUUCUACUGGCGGAGGCCUUCUGUGCUGUGUAUUUGGCAUUACUGGGAUGGGCCCUCGCAGCUAGGGACGCACACUUACUUUAUCGCCUGGCUGCACACACCACAGAUAAUAAAGCACAUUCAAAAUUAUUCGGAGGAGGAGUUAAAAGAUUACUUACGACCGCACCAGCUGCCCCUCAGCCAAAGCUGGUUGAACGUACGGAAGGUACGUCAGUGUGGUCAUCGCUUCGGGAGAAGAGGGCUUUAUUACACAUGAGAUUAUUAGGUCUAGGACCCACCGCGCCUCACAAGAACAUACAAGAAGGUCGACCGACGUAUCGAGAGCAAUUUGUGCCUCCACUAUACAGCAUACUGACUUUCCUUCUAACUAAGCCGACGCCGGAACAAGAUCCUGACAGCAACGACUAUGACUCAGCAGAAUCCGGAGCAGAUGAAGCAGAGGAUAGUGGAAGUGAUUGUGAUGAUGAUGAUAUCUUCGAUACUUCUAAAGUCAAGACCGAGAAACGCCGUAAAGGCGCCAAUAUGGAACACUGCGAUGUAGAUUCUUACUCGUGGUACGUAAUGCGAGUGGCCGUACUGAGACUUGCACAGCACAAACUGCAACACUUCCUUCAACUCUGCGGAAUAGAAAUGUCUGAGCUGGCUACCACGAGUCCCACGGUCCACGGAGCGCUCCGUCGCGUGGAACAGUGGCAGCAGCAGUUGACUGAGACGUUGGAGUCACGAGCGCCGCCCCCGGACUAUAUACCGGGCUGCUUCCCCGAACAAAUAACUACAGGACCGCCCAUUAACAAAUACAGAUGCCUCUUAGAGAAACACAACACGCCGUUCAAUUCUGCUCUGUAUAGCUCAGCGCCCGCACGGCGUUUGUGGAAUUACCUCGUAAGACAGGAACAAGUCCAGGAGGUGUUUAUUCGCGCGGUGUUUUCACGCCGUCGUACAUGUUCGGAAUCACACGAGCGAGCGCCGCGGAAAGACGACGAUCUGCACAGUCCUGUGAGGAUUAUACAUAAAGAACAAGACUCAAUAGCGGCGUUCUGCCUAAAUAGGGUGGGUGGAGGUCUUCUAGCGGUGGCUACGGCUCGUGAGGUCCAGGAGAUGGAUGUGUCGCUGUUGCUGCGCGGAGGAGCUUGCUGGGCGGAAGACGAGUGUGAGGUGGACUUGUUGGCACUAGCCUCCGAUCCCGCCGCUCUACCAGAUACUGGCUUCCUGCUCAUACAGCAUCAUGAUAAACAAAAUGGCGGUUCUGUACCCGGCACUGGCAACAAUUCCCCGAUGAACCCCAACGUGCCACAAGUCCCGGUCGGAAUGGCCAGUCAAACCGGAAGAGGAGCCAGCGUGGUGAAGGGCCUGCAGUUCCCGGGUUGCCACGACGCGAAAUACUGUCGGCUGGUGCUGCAUCGCUCCAAGCUUCUCAUGAAACCGGUGCUGAAACAUAAAAUCGAUAAUAUCAAAAGAAUGGCAGCACAUCCCUCUCAGCCACUAUAUUUAACGGGAGGCGCUGAUGGUUCCGUACAAGUAUGGGAGUGGGGUCACGGUUCGUGUGUGUGGUCGCCGCGCGCUCCCGGCGCCUUCGCUAAAGUGACCCGGGUUCGAUUCUCGGAUUACGGCAACAAAUUCGCUGCGUCAGACGCCGAUGGUAACCUAGCGCUGUGGCAACUCCAGCCGUCUGUAGCUCUCGCUUCUGAUACAAUGUCAGCGAAAGCCAGAAGACCGUUCUUUACCCACCAAUGCCACAGCAAAGGUAUCAGCGAUUUCGUGUUCCUGGGUUCAUGCAGUUUGGUUGCUACAGCUGGUCAUAGUUCCGAGAGCAAAAAUGUCGCCAUAUGGGAUACAUUGAUGCCAAUCAAGAAGGCGUUAGUUGUUUCGUGGACGUGUCACGAGGGCGGAGCGUCGUGUAUAUCAUGGGCAGGCGGCGCCGGGGCGCUAGUGUCGUGCGGUCGGCGUGGGGACGUGUUGGUGUGGGACGUGCGGGCCCGCGCGCCGAGACACAAGCUGCACGCUCACCACGCGCCCAUCAAGUGUGUGGCGCUGUCUCCUAAGGAGGACUAUUACGCUAUAGGCGCGGCGGAUGGUGAUAUCAAGGUGUUCUCAUUAGCGACUCACCAACUGCUGCACACGUUCGCUGGAGAGCACGCGAGGAGCUCAUUCUUCAAACACAUAGGACAAGGAGUCACUCAAAUACAUAUAGAUAAUGCCAAUCGUCUGUUCUCGUGCGGUGCGGACGGUACUAUGAAGGUGCGCAAGUUGCCCGACAGAGACGCGCCCCUACAUCACCACUACCCCGCAUAG